UUUCUGCUCUCAUUUAUGCCAGUGCCUGCGUCGUAGCCUUUUUCCACUUGGGACGCUUUUUCCAAGUCAGUUCAACGCUGGGUCCCAUGCAGUUGUGCUUAUUCAACAUGCUGAAAGAUGUUAUCAAGUUCCUCGCCAUCAUCUUCGUGCUCUUCUUUGCAUUUUCCACUGGGCUGACUAAGAUCUAUUCGUAUUACAUCCAAUCUGAGAAGGAACUACAAAAACAGGGCAAGGAGAAUAUUACAAUUCAUUACAAUGCGACGCAUCCAUAUGCCAACCACAUUACCGCUCUCUACAAUAUGUUUUGGUGGUUGUUCGCUGACGUGAACGAAGACCGAAAGGGUGUCGAUGAUGAUCGCUUCCGCUACAUACCCAUUUAUGUCAGCAUUCUUAUGAUCGUGUUUAUGAUACUUGCCGUCAUUGUGGCACUAAAUAUGCUGAUCUCAAUGAUGAGCUACUCUUUUGAAAAUAUCAUGAAAAAUGCAAUUACAGAAUGGAAGUUUUCAAGAACCCAAAUGUGGCUAGAAUGGAUUCACAAAGAGAAUGCUGUACCUGUGCCUACGAACCUUGUACUUGUACUUGCACUUGUACCUGUACUUGUACGUGUACUUAGUGAACUUUUGGUGAAUUCUCAAGAACUGAGAACAUCUCAUGAGGGGGCUGGAGAGAGACAGGGCAGUGACAGUGUACGGUCAGAUUCUAAGGUUCAACAGAGCGACGAUGACCAAGAUAAAUCGUGUUGUUCUUUCUGUAUAUGCUCGAGAAUAUUUGCAAGAAGUCGCCACCUUCCACAAACGAGGAACGCAAGAAGGUAAUGGCAAAUCUGGUCGUGAAGUAUCUGAUGGAACGUUACCCAGAGAAGUUCCCACUAUCCGAAAUAAUCAAAGCUCAGUCUGAUGAUUAUGGAAGUGGACAGAGAAGUGGACAGACUUAAUGUCCAAACCAUCAGGAAAAGCAUGAAAUACGCUGUUUUGAAAUAAUCGCUCCACUAACACAAUAUAAUAUUUCAUAGGCAAGUGUCAUAUUUUAUCCCCUGCUUGUCCAGAUCAGUCUUGUAGUGUAGUGUGCAUGCUUCCUAAGUGUUAGCCUAUCUUCAGCGACCAGGUGAACUUUCUUUCAUACUUUCCACAUAAACACUGUAGGAGAACUAUUAGGCCUUUUGCAACAGUUUGUCAAGUGACCUCUUCUUCGUAAAAGUAAUGAUUCAGCCAAUUUCAACAAACAAUUUUUCUAGAAUUAAUGAAUGCAUAAACUUCAAAUAUGUUA